UGUGUUACUAAGGAAGUCCAGCCUUGGCGACAGGAAGGCGCUGUAAACACUGCACAAAAGCUUACUGGAUUAACAUUAUUGCUCGGUUUACAAUCUUUCCAGUUUUGCCGAUCAAUGAAUCUAUAGCGGUGACUGUGUUCGCUGUGGUACGCGUGCUUACAACUCUUAUGGCAGAAUUGCAUAUCAUUGGACAGAUCAUUGGGGCCACCGGUUUCCCACAGAACAGCCUCUUCUGCAAAUGGGGUGUUCACACAGGAGGAGCGUGGAGACUUCUCUCUGGUCUGAGGGAAGGCCAGACUCAAGUUGAUAUGCCUCAAACUGGGGAAAUGGCAUACUGGAGUCAUCCCAUUGAUUUGCACUACACUACUAAGGGUCUGCAAGGAUGGCCAAAGCUUCAUCUGCAAGUGUGGCAUCAGGAUUCUUUUGGCCGAUGCCAGUUGUAUGGCUAUGGCUAUAUCCACGUGCCAUCAAGCCCAGGUCAGCAUCGUCUUCAGUGCGUGACGUGGCGGCCGCUGGGAUCAUGGCAGGAUCAGCUUUCGGAGAUGUUUGUCGGAGGAGGCCCUCAGUUGCGCUCGCCAGACCUCAUUUACAGUGGCGCAGACCGAUACAGACUGCACACGGUCGGCAUGGGCACAGUUGAGCUGGAGCUCUGCAUUAUUCUGCGCCACUUUGACAGAUAUGGUGUGGAGAGCUGAUGGACCGCAGGUUAGGACAUAUUUCAGAUCAGGAGGGUGUGGAGUGAAAAGAAGGUCAAAUAUUUUGUUAUAUUGGACUAGAGGUACAAACAUGUAUAUAUUGUGUCAUAGAAUAAGUUGAGUGAAAUAGUGAGUGGUGGGUUUAUGUCUGCAGGCUGAUAAUGUAUUGUGCUUCACAUCUCAAAUGAUACUUUUGUAUUGCUUUUUUGCACACUUUGUAUGUUUUAUAGCAUUGUAUUAUGAUCUGAUGCAAUUAAAUUUGGUAUUCAUCAAUGCA